ACCUGCAAUUUCAGACCAUUCCUUCCUACAUUUGCAAAAAUGGCUCGGAAAUCACAAACCAUAGCCUUGCUCAUCUUCUUCGUAGCUGCAGCACUAAGCAAAACCUCUUAUGCCACUGUCAUUUCCACCUACUGGGGUCAAAAUCUUUAUGAGGGAACCCUGAAGGAAGCAUGUGACACCGGAAUAUAUGAUAUCAUAAACUUAGCUUUCCUUAACGUUUUUGGUGGCGGCCAAACUCCGUCUCUGAACCUUGCCGGUCACUGCGACCCACCAAGCGGCACAUGCGUCAUAUUCGGAGAACAAAUAACAUAUUGCCAGGGACUAGGAAUCAAGAUAUUGCUUUCACUUGGUGGUGCAGCGGGUAAUUACUAUCUAAGUUCUCAAGAUGAUGCCCAAAGUGUAGCAGAUUAUUUAUGGAACACAUUUUUGGGAGGAAGAACAUCUGCUGGUCCAUUAGGAGAUGCCACGUUGGAUGGUAUUGAUUUUGACAUAGAAGGGAUUUCGAAUUUGUACUACGAUGAUCUUGCCCGCUUCCUUAAAGAAAAAAGCGAAAGCGUCUACUUAUCUGCAGCUCCUCAAUGUCCAUUCCCUGAUUAUUAUAUGGGGGCUGCCAUUGCUACUGGCCUUUUUGACACUGUUUGGACUCAAUUUUAUAAUAAUCCCCCAUGCCAGUACAGUGAUGGUGUCACCGACGACCUUAUAAACUCAUGGAAUCAGUGGACUACCUCGAUAAACGUGACGAAUUUAUUUAUGGGGUUACCGGCGGCUGAGAAUGCGGCUCCUUCUGGAGGGUAUAUUCCAGUAGACAAUCUAAUUUCUGAUGUUCUUCCGGUGAUAGAAAGCACAGCCAAAUAUGGAGGCGUAAUGCUUUGGAGUCGAUAUUAUGAUGUGCAAACUGGGUAUGGUGCUUCUAUCAAAUCUUCUACCCUUGGGGAUGGCUUAGUGUCCUCUUCUUAAUUAAUAAGAGUUUAGAUGAUGGAGCUGGAAGUAAUCCAGUUUAAAUAAAUGUACUCUUUAGGACGCCUGCUGGAUUCCAAUCCUGUUUGGUCUUUCAGCAAUAAGUAAAUAAAUAUUAUGUGGUAACCUUUCUUUCUUGUUUUUUCCUUUCCUUUUUAGUUUUGUCCUUGAACAAUAAAUAUUGAGAUCCUUCGAUUGUAUAAUUAUCCAUGAUUUGGAUUUUAUGUAUUUAAGUCUCUCAGUAAAUUUGAUAAUAAAUGUAAUGUUAAAUAAAAUAUAAAUUACUUU